UUAUGUUAUCAUUUCAAAAUUUUUUUCGAUUUACAAUAUUUCGGAGCAAAAUUCUGUAUUUUUAUUCGGCGAAAAUUAUAAUCCGAUCCGAUUAUAAUCCGAUUUUUAAUACAAACUAGAUUUUAUAGUAACCGAAGAAGCUAAAUAAAAUAUGGGUACACGAACAAGAUGGGGUCGCAUUGAUCCCAAUGUUCAACUGCAAGUUAAUCUAAUGCCAUCCCUUAACAAGGUGAUCAAGCUAAAUCGAAAAACGUUGUCGCGUCGUGUCCAACGGCAGCUUUUGUUAAUGGCAUCGCCGUCGCCGUUUCUUAAUUUCAUGAACAAGUUUCGAUUGGAUGAGAUCCUAAUUAAUCACCAUUAUAAAGGCGUUUAUAGCAUGCGUACUUCUGCUACCAUAACAGAAUUGGCCACAUGUACUUGGAAUGUCAUGUCUGUUUUGGAUCGACAGCCAUACAUAAUGUUGGCUCGAAAAGCACAGUAUAUACAGCAGGCACGUAAACUGCCUAUUCUGGUGAAUCACGGAGCUAAGAACAGCUGGAAAACAAUCUCCUCUAAGAGCGCAGUCGGCAUUUGAAAUAUAAAUAGUACAGUUUAAAAUACGUAUUCGAUUAAAAAUUUAAAUGGUUA